CCCUUCUCUGCCGGCGCCGAGCGAGCGGGGCCGCCGAGCCCGGGGUCUGGGAGGGAGCAGCACCCGCUGGGCAGCCAUCCGGUGGGGGCGGGAGGUGGCCGGGCGCCGGAGGCGCGGGGCGACCCUCGAGGAGCGGCCCGGGCCCGCGGAGCCCGGGCCCGGGGCAGGUCAGGGCGAGGCCUCGGAGGGAGGCCCAGCCCCAGGCGGCGCCUGUGCCCCUCCGGCAGCGGCCCGGCGCCGGGGGCUGGGAGGCGGCGGGCGGGUGGGAGCCAGCGGGAGGCGGCGGCCGCUGGUCUCGGGCUGCGAACCCGGUGCUUCCUGCCGGCUGGGCCGUCGCGCAUUCUCCCCCCGCCCCUAGCCGCGCCGAGCCUUCUCCUCCAUUCCGGUCGCCUCCUCUCCGCCGCCUCGCGCCCCUCCCGCCUGCGCCCGGGCUGCCGCCCAGCCGGCCGGGCCCCUCGCCCGCGCGUUCCGGGCCGGGCAGCGGGGACCAGUCCCUCGGCCUUUCCCGGGCCGCGGAGGACGGCGGCAGCGCUCUCUGGCCACCGGCCGAGCGCGGGGCUGGGCUGCUCGGACCCUCGGGGCGCCGAGGUGCGGAAGCGCGGACAGCCUGGGCCCGGGCUGAGUGCGUCCGGGGCACCCAGAGGUGCCGGCUCAUACCGCUCUGGACUGGGCCGAGCGAAGCUUGGACCGUACAGAGCCCGGGGAUGCCGGGCGCGGUCUGAGGGGAUCCCGGCGCCCCCCGAUCCCAGCUACUUUGGCUCACGCACCGGGACGCCCUACGCCCGGGUCACCUGUGGCCUGAGAGCCCCAGACUCAUCAGACCCUUCUCCCCAUUCCUCACCCGGCGCCUGACGGGGUUUGAGGGACAUUUUUCCUGCCCCCAGUCAGGGAGCGCGGAGGCCCUGCCACUCCCACCGCCCAUAUGUCUUCCGGGGCGGCUCUGAAGACCUCCCUGAGGCCAGGGGCUGAAGGGUCCAGAGAAAGAAGCCCACCCUAGGGAGCCUGCCCCCUUCCCCCAACCUCAUCUUGGGGCUUGGCCCCCACGCUACUCGGAAGGCAGGCUGGUGCCCCCACCCUCGGGGGCUGCCCUCCUCCAGUCCAGCUCCCUUCCCAGAGCUGUCCACAUCUGGAGCCCCCUCCACAGCUGGAAGAACCCAGGCACAGUUCUUCUGCAGAUGUCACUUGCAACCAGAGACCUCUGCCUUUGCAACUGCCCAAGAAUCGUGAGGGGAUUGUGCUGCCUUGCCCAAUCCCAAGGGCAUCUCUUACCCUUAGUCCCUGCAGAGUCAUCCCCCUGCCUCUGUGUCCAGAUUCAGCUAGAUAUCAGUCUAGCAUACCUAUAGGCACUUCAAGUCCUGAAGGCCUCCUGAGACCGAAGCCCCCUCUCCCUCCCCUUCUAUGUCCUCAUCUUGGCCCCUUGGGUCAGAUUCUGUCUCCUUCUGGGUGUUCCAUUCCCCAUCCAGAGGCAAAGGAAGCGGGGUGGCAGGAGUCAGGGGCUGGGUGAGGGCCACCCAGGGCCAGCGUAGGCUGGGGGGCCGUUAAGAUGUGGAGCACUGCCUGGCUGAGGGGGGCUCUGUGGAGGCAGACGCAGUGUGUGCCUGGCUGGGGGGAGUAUGGGCAGGCCUGCAGCCACGUGGUGAAGGAUGAACAUUCGGGGCACCCCAGACCUCGGGCAGCCCAGUGUCGACCCCAGCAGUGGUGGUGAACGUGAGCGGAUUCGACAGCGCAUGAAGAUGGUUAUCGGACAGCUGGAGGGCAUCCUACGGGAGCUCAAGGAAGUGGCCAAGGAGCUCAGGGAGGUGGUGAGCCAGAUAGACAAGUUAACCUCAGACUUCGAUUUUGAACUGGAGCCAGAUGACUGGACCACAGCCACUGUGAGCAGUACCUCUAGCAGCGACAAGGCCGGUGUAGGUGGCCCCUUUGACUUGGGCCACCUGGACUUCAUGACAGCUGACAUCCUCUCAGACAGCUGGGAGUUCUGCUCCUUCCUGGAUGUCUCUACCCCUUCAGAUUCCAUGGAUGCCCCUGAACCAACACAACCAGGGGCUGGUUCAGACUGCCGACUCAUGAACGGUGGCAUGCCUAUUCCUAAUGGGCCACGGGUGGAGACUCCAGACUCCUCCAGUGAGGAGGCCUUCAGCACCGGCCCUCUCAAGGGGCAACUGCCCCAGCGAACCCCAGGCACACGGGAGAGAGUGCGCUUCAGUGACAAAGUGCUCUACCAUGCUUUGUGCUGUGACGAUGAAGAGGGGGAUGGUGAGGAGACAGCAGCAGAGGAGGAGGUGGGCCUGUCACCAGAGCCUCCCAAUACAGAGACCCAUGUGGGCCCCCUCAAGACCUCCCCGGCCCCCAACAAGCCAAGGCGCCCUACACUGACUGGACAAUGCUCAUUGGCCCCUGAGCAGACGCGAAGGAUCAUGAGGAACAGCAGCACCCAAACAGUGUCAGACAAGAGCACGCAGACAGUGCUUCCCUACACAGCCUCCAGACAGAAAGCCAAAGGGAAAAAUUAAGGGUCGGAGGGGACUGGGAUUGGGUGGGGGGAGGUAUAUAAAGUCAUAUAUAUAUAUAUAUAUAUAUAUAUA